CUGGAUUCCGAAUAACUGAAAACAAACAUGGCGAGUUAAAUAAUCAAUAUUCAGAAACAAGAUGUGAAAAGGAGAACAAAAUCUCAUCAUGUUUAAGAUUGAAUCCUACAUCACCCCACUGUUGAUGGGCUACUUGGACAAGUAUGUAAAGCUACGACAUGAAGACUUCCAGCUAUCCCUGUGGGGAGGGGAUGCGGUUCUGAAUAACCUUGACCUAAGAUUAGAUGUCAUUGAAAGGGCCAUCCAACUUCCUAUUAUCUUCAAGAGUGGCCACAUCCAUGAGCUGAGGAUACAUGUACCAUGGACGAAAUUAGGAUCUGAACCAGUUAUUAUAACCAUUAACACUAUAGAAUGUAUACUAAAACUACGAGAAACAGCAUACGAGGAUAAAGCUAGUUCUCAAACACCAGAGUUAAAGAAAUCACGAUCAUUUCAGGCGAAACAAAGACCGAGGAGACAGCAAGGGGGUGAGGAGCUCCCCCCUGGGUACCUACAAAGCUUGAUCAAUAAAAUCUCGAACAAUGUUAGUAUAGUCAUAAACAACCUGAUUGUGAAGUUUGUAGAGGAUGACAUAGUGUUGUCUGUUAAUGUGAAGUCCUUGGAGUGCUUCAGUGUCAACGAGCUGUGGAAUCGGGCCUUCAUUGACCUGUGCCCCCCAGAACUAGCCCUAAGAAAAUCCAUCAUUAUCUCAGAUCUGACAAUAUGCCUUGAUAAAUGUGACAGCAGUGGUAAGAUUGAGAACUACCAGGACCCCAUGGUCUACAGAUGUUCUGUCACUGGCAGGAUCUAUCUCAAGUAUGACUCUAUCCAUGGGAAGUUACCCAGCAUCACAAAGUUUGACCUCUUCUGUGAAAACCUUGAUGUCUCUCUAACAGAUACCCAGCUACCUUUGUUUUUCCGUUUGAUUGAGCUGUGUUUGGCAUUAUAUUAUGGUACACUGGAGUUUCCAAGCUCUGAGAACGAGCCAGCUACAAGUGUGAAAAGUAAAGAUGAUAGUGCUGAUACAACAUUAGAAGAUGUGGCAGCGCUCGAAGAAGCUGAUCUUGAGAAUCAACAGAGCUGGUCAUCCUGGGCAUGGUCCUACGUCCCCCAGAUUCUCCCAUCCGAGGAGGAGCUACAGGAGGAAGAGAGGUCUCCUAAAAAGAAGCGACCCCCGGCGGUCCUAGCUGUGGGAAUGUACGCUCACAAAGCCACACUAACAUUUAAGCUAACAGAGAAGAUUAGGGAAAAAGUGCACUAUGGUCCUCAGAAGAUUGCAUUUAGACCAUUCAUGUACCUGGAAGCGGAGGGCAUCGGUGUGGACAUUGUGAUGAAGGGGCUGACGUUCUUCAACGUCCAGUUUGGGAUCAGCAACAUCUCUCUGGAAACCAGAGGCAACUGUAUCUGUGGGGCGGACGACAGUGAGGAGCUGAGGAGCAGAGUGAUUGUGAAAGGGGGGAGUGGUCUGUCAGAAAAGGUUGUGAACUACUACAGCAGGUCAUUGUUUGACCUUGGCUGUCCUGUCAAUCAAGGUCAAGUUUUGACCUGGACUUUCGAUGGCCCUGAACACUUACAAACAUUUACAGAGCAGGCAGGGACAGAGAAGUUUGGGGUGUUCUUUGUCGACUAUUUGUAUGUGCUACAGCCAUUUGAAGAUGCAUCUCAGAUGAUGGGAGGAAGCACAUCUUCAUUGUCAGAAGGAGAUGAGCAUGUGUUUCUGAGGGAGACAUCAUUAAUGCGGUACAUUGUGGGGAGUUGUCAGUAUAACAUCUCUUCGUCUGCUGUCCACAGAAUUCAGAGGUUUAUACAGGCGGCUCAGAACCAUAGCUAUGAACCAUACUCUAAAACCAAAGAGGAGGUAGUGGAUGACCACAGGCCUGCCCCCACAGAGAACCAGGUGAUCUCUAUGGAGAACUUCCUGCCCACCCGCACACAACAAGUGACCAUACUACAACCCUUUGUCUCUGUUUACAUUGCUCAACAUGAAAACUGUGAUAUCUCCAAGAAAUCCUACAAGUCCAUUCAUAAACCUUCCAAGGUUUCAAAAGAAGAAUCAAAUUCAGCUAAAUCAGCGCCUGUGAUAAUACCUGUGGUUGCCAUGACAGCAGUUAGAUUUGAAUUUCAAAUCACCAAUCCAAUGUAUCCACGCAAACUGAUCAAGUUUGUGAGUAAGAUGGAGGAGCCUUCCAGCAAUCUGCUCCAUCACUGCCACUCACACACCCACCUUAAGUUAUUUGGAGCAGCCAUUGGCCUGCAGACACUCUCGGAAGAUACAUCGAAGUCAAACGCCCUGUUCUUGGUUCCAGAGUUCAGUGGAGCUAUAUACACCAGACGUCUUCUUCUUUCCAUGUACUGGAAGAGUAAGAGCCAGCCCAAACUGGAGCAGAUUUAUGAGCUUCCUCAGGCGACCGUCAACCUCACCAAGGCCAGUCUGCUGCUGCUCACACAGAUUGUGUUGUCAUGGCAACAAAGGUCACCCAGGUCAACUCUUCUUGCUGACACAACACUGAUGGAAGACAACUUUGUUGAGGAUGCAGCCAAAAUUCCAGUCAUGGAACUAAGUGUUUGUGGACUUGAAAUGAAGAAGUCUAAGCUUGUGGAUGCCCAGGCUUGUACUGGUACCCUGUCCUCCGUCAUGGCAACACUCUAUUUGGGGAGGAACUCCUCUGCUAUCCCAGUGUUCACUGCUCCCGCCGACACCACCAAGAUCGCCUCGGAGGAAUUCUUCAUGCAUCAGUCCACCUAUACAGAGGAAUCUAAGGACUUCGUCACAUUCAUCUACCAGUACCCCAAGGAUCAGUCACUGGCAGAGGUUCCUACAGUACUCCUGCUGAAUAUGGAGGGAUUUGUGUGUAAUUUGACACCAUCAUUGAAUGAAUGGUUUAACUACACCCCGUCUCUGAAGAAGAAACCCACAAAGAAGGAGAGUCAGAUCAGCCUUGACCUGGCCUUGGCAGAGGCCACCUCACCCCUGCAGCAGCAGGUGUCUAAAGUUUCAAGUGCUGGAUCAACAACACAGAAAUCAGAGUCAGUUACAAAGAACACUAGUCAAGUAGAGACUAAGACAGUUACUCGUAGUGCAUCACAAAAAGCCCUGACCAAUCAGAAGUCAGAAGGGGAGAAAGAUGAUGCUGCGGAGGAUGUUCUUGGCAAGUGGCUGUCAGGAAUUUUCCCUUACAUCAGGUCUCUCUAUCUGCAGGUGGAUGUGAAGUGUUGCUGUGUGUUCCUGAGCUCAUCCUAUGGGACUCUCUCAGAACCAAGCUCCUACAUUCCUCUCAACAUUCGUACAGCCAUGUCCGAGCAGCCUGACUCGGAGACCCUGGUAUUCUGUUUCCCUACCCUCAAGCUGUACAGCUCUGGGGGACGGUCCCUGUCGCGGGGGAUGGAUGUCCCUAUCACUGACUUGGAUGGACCCCUAACAGGUGAGAGACUGCCCUGGCAGAUGAGUCUGGAUGAUUUCAGUGUGUAUUCCCUCCAUGGGUCGGACAUUCACUCCUUCCUGAAGCCAGCCUCUGUCAGCUGUACUAUAGCGGUCACCUCCAAGUACGACCCCUCCUCCUCAGAAAACAUCUCGGCCCUUGGUCUCUGUUUACACACAGACAUGAGGGCAGUCACCCUGUCGUGCUCCAAACCACAGGUCAAGCUGUGUGCCAGACUGGCUUCCAAUCUGCUGGACAUGGCCACAGAUGUCCACUCGCUGGUGAAGGACCUCCUGCCUAAACCUGGAAAGAAGUCGAGCCAGGAUGCGACCUCAGAAACACCCCCAGUACCGGAUCCUGCCAGUGGAAAAUCUGUUGUAGAAGAUGUCCUGCUGACAGAUACCGAGACAUCAUGUGACAAUAAAUCAAGGGGGACAACUCCCAGCCAGGACCUGGAAUAUGACGGCUAUAACAAGAACCGGGUCAGACUGUCCCUCUGGCUCCAGUGGACCCUCCCCAAACUAGACAUGAGAUUCUACAAACAUGACAAAAUCACCAGUCAAGAAAACAGAGUGACCAUGCAAAUAGAGGAUAUUGCCUUGUCUGUUGAUGUUCAGGAAAUAUACGCCAAGGUCAAAGUUACAUGCAACUCUGCCAAUGUUCAUCAUUUUGUCAGGAAGAUUCCUAAGCAUAAAAAUGAGCUGUCCCACUGGGAAGAGGGUCCUUUCUUGGGUAUCUUAAUGAGCUGUAGGAAGGAAAUCUCAGAAGACAUACAGAUUCUAUCCCAUAAAUCUGGCUACCACACCCAACACUCUGCCUCGCAUAAAGCAGGGGAGUCCCAGUCAAGGGACGUAUCUCAUGGCUUCCUGAACUUCACCUUUACACGUGCUUUAUGUAAGAACGUGGCCAAGAAAAUGCGGAAGCUGAAUGCAGAUCUGGCAGCUUUUGAGGAGUUUGAUAAUGACGUUGUGAGCUAUGAUCUCUACUUUCACAAGUACAUCUCGGAGAUGUGCUUAAACACUGAGCCCUGUGAUUUUAUUCUAUACAUUCCGGCAGUGCAUGCUGUUUUAGAUAGCUUUGAAUCUCUAGUAUUCCCCAAGAAGUCAUCCUUAGUGCCAAAACCUGCACAGACUUCAGUCAUUCCAAGUCAGGAGAAGACCAACCUUCCAAUACUGACCUCCAGUUUUCUCCCUUUGUUGUAUGUCACGAUCAACAGUGUACGAGUUUUUAUUCCAAAGACUUCCUCUGUCAACCAGAAAGGUCAUGACCUUGCUUUGAUCAUUCUACCAGAAAUAGCGGUGAAUCCACAAGUGGACAAUCCAUUGCCACGGUAUGCUGUGGAGAGGGAGAUCUACCACAAGGCCAUGCAGCUUAAUCUGACCCAACAACCGGGAUCUGCCAUAGAGAACCGUCAGUAUCAGAUUGACAUUCAGGGACUCUCCAUCUGUACAGGGAAAUGGGGAGAUUUUCUCCAACAGACUCACUCUGAGAGACAGAAAGAUUUGGUGAAACCUAAGAUACAGAUUCCUGCCCUGGAGUGGAACACAGUCUUAAAGCCCUUUAGUGAUGAACGUGAGCCCAUUAAGCUGGUGCCCAUGCUGUGUAGACUGGAUAUGAAGAUUGUGGCAGCUCCCGCCAUUGUGUACAUCUCCCAGAGAAAAGACGUUCAACCCGUACCAAAGAUUUUGGUGUGUGGACAUUCCUUAGAAGUCAAUGUAACCAACAAGCUUAACAUCUAUGCUGGGACAAGUCAGAUCAAGCUUCUUGAAGACAUUGCUCUUACUGCUGUGUCAAGCUUGUCAGGAAAGCAGAGCAAGAGAGAAAGACAUCCUCGAACUAGCCAAUCAGGUGUUCCGACAAAGUCUGAGAUAUCUGUAGACAGUGGCGUAGGCAGCGAUAUCUCGUCUGUGAAAUCUCCCACUAAAGCACACGCAAAUCACUUGACCUUGAUGAAUCAGAGGUCAGGGUCAUGCACUUUCACCCCAUUUGACCUAUUACUGACAGCGAAUGUAGUGUCAUGUACAUUGUAUCAAAACAAGAAGAAAGAGACAGAGCUAGAGGAGGAUGUGGUGAUCAUUGACAAGACAGAUGUGAUUGACAUUGAAACAGACAAGGAAUUAAAAGAGAAAGUAAAAGAGAGAAAGGAGAGUUCAGGAGAUUCGUGUAGAGAACCUGUAAUGCCCUUCCUGCAUCUGUAUCUAUGGCAACCACACACAGUGCUGUCCUGUCGUCAAGACACCCAAAAGUUUGAAAUCUCCUGCUACGAUGUCUCUUUGAAAGGACCUCAUAAAAACUGCCAUUUCAUAGAUUUGUCCAGGCAGUUACCUGAUUGGUCGACGUACUGUGUGAGUUGGAUAGAGACCAGGCCCGGUGAGCCCAACCCUAAGACGGGCAUUCCCCCUAGUCUGUGUACCCUGUCUGUAGCCGACUUCAUCAGGGAACGCGCUAAGCUUGGUGUGAAGGUGGAGAGACCAAUGAAGAUCAACCUGAGUCUGGACAAGGUGGAGCAGAUUCAGGGGUUCCUCCGCGACGUUGUGGUAUCUAGUGGACAGAGGAGUGAUGAGGGGGCAGACAGCACCACCUCACAGUCCAGGGGAGAGCCAGCAACCAGGGAGACCACCCCAACAAAGUCAAGGGGAGAGCCACUCACGAAGAACGGCACCACCACCCAAUCAAAGCACGGUGUACAUGCAAUUUUGUCUAAAAUUGGUAGCCUAGAAUGUGUAUGCAAUCAAAUAGUUGUUGCUAUGGAAACACAAUUUGCUGAGGAAACUGCGCAGUUGUUCAGUAGUCUGGAGGAGAUUCAGCUUGAGGUCAACUUGAUUCAUAAUCAACAGAACGAAGAAAUGAAUGAAGGGUUAACAGUGGACCUGUAUUUCUGGGACCUUAUGGUUAGCACAGGGUACGGGAACGAGACCCGCCCCUUCCUGGGGCCCCUCAGUCUGGCGGCAGACACAGUAGUCAGGUUUUAUGAGGAUGACUGUAUGACCCCCCUAACAGUACCCCGAGUAGUUGCCACAGUGACCCUAGAGCAUGUCCCUGUACUUUUUGGGCAGGAACAUGUCAAAUGUCUACAUGUGUUUAGGAAAAGUUUGGAGACCUUUAUGAAGAAAUCAAGCAAGAAAACAAAGGAAAUUCCAACUCUGCAGCUUCCAGAAGAAGUUUUGAAAGAACCUUUGUUGGUGGCUGAGGAAAUCUCUAGAGAUGACCUUAGAACUGGGAAGUUCCAAUAUUUUACAAAUGCAGCCAAGAUGAAAAAGUUCAAAGAGAGGUUAACUCCUGGCACUCCCACAAACACUCAAGAUGCGGGAGUGAUGCUACCAGUAGCUGGACAGAUUGUGUUCUGUCUGGAGGACCACAAUGACGAAGGCAGUAUGACCUGGUGCUACAGUCAGCCCAGAGUUCUCUCCCAUAUGUCCUUCACUCCCAUACCACUUAAUCUGCCACAGACCUUCCCCAGUAAAUCUGAGGAGAGGCAGAUACUGGUGCCCUGUGCCUUACAGUAUUACGAUGUCGUCACUAAACAGUUCAUCACCUACAUCCAGUUUGACCUGUCAGAGAAUUGUGAAACCAAACUAGAACUUCCUGAGGUCAAAGGUCACCUCAUAGGCGAUUUGGCGGUGGCCAAGAUCUGGAGAGUGCUAAUCAAGUACAACCAGAUCUUCUGUCCCGGUCACGAACUGAGGGAGGAGGAGAUCCCUAACAGAAGCACAGUCCUCUUGCCUAUGUCGCUGGCCGCCUCAGCCAAGAUCGACUCCUGCUACCUCCCCGCCCUGAUUCCAGGGGUCCAGUGUUACCUCAGUGUGGGACUGGUGGAUGUACACCUGUACAAUCACUUCAGGUGUCUGGGCACAGGAGUUCCGAGCAAGUUGCAUCCCUUUGAGUUUGACGGGACUAUGGUGGAGGACCAGAAGUUUGCAUCCCUGUCCCUGAGGCAGUCCUCCUUAAUGGUCAGACACCUAGUGGGAGACUUCGCCCGGACAGCAGUACAGAUGAGGGGAUCCCCCUGUUUACAGGUGACAGACUUUGGCAGUCUGACAGAACAUGAUGUCAUCAAACCGUUUAUGUGUCAUGGUGACAUCUGGUAUCUUCCUGGAGACCAAAAGACACAGCAGCUGGAUUGUAACCUGACAGUUGAUCCGAUGUUUAUCCGGAUUGGUAAAGGGGCUGUCCACACACUCAGCUGUUCAGCGCAGGCAUGGAAGCAGGUGAAUGGAGUAACCAAAGAGACAGAUCAAGUCAUACUGAGUCACUACAUUGUCUGCAACGAUACCUCUCAACCAAUCAGAUUUGGCCAGGUGGGGACAGAUGAGAACAUUUGCGUGGGAUCCAGACAGAUUCACUGCUACAGCUGGAGAAGUCAGAAGGCAAAACAGGAGCUUCAUCUGUGUGUGGAUGGGAAGGUUUGGAAGUGGUCGGAACCGUUCGACAUCAAUACUGUUGGGAGUGUUGUCAGGGUCAUGAAGACGUUUAACCAGCAACAAUCUCUAAUUAUCACCAUCAAACAAAUAACCAAUGUCCAGAAACAGGUGACGAUUCAUGGUCAGUUGAUGAUUGCCAGUCGUUUGUCUAUACCUCUCAAUGUCCGAGUGUUCUACUCCACAUCACAGUCAGAGACCAACCAGUCGACAGUCAUGCUUCACCAGACAGAAGCCGCUCCCUCCCACAUACUGGAGCCAGAGCACAUUAAAUACAUCAAAGUGCGGGCGCACCGAGGACCUGUGGACGAUUACGAUUGGUCCAGCGAGGUGUAUGUGUCGGCAGAAAAACUGAUGGAUAACAGUACUAUUCAGAUAACGAUGCCAGACAAGAGUAAGAUACACAUUUGGUGCCAUGUGAUUUGUCAGCAUGUGAAGAGUUCAUCACGUGUAACAUUACAGAGGUUCUACACCUCGACUAGGCGUCUGGUCUUGCUGUGUCCACUCUAUGUAAUACGAUCACAGUUACCACGGCAACUGAUAGUUCACAUACAAACGCCUAGUCUGAAUCAAACACGGGAGGUUCAUGUUCCAGGGAAGGGGAGAGAACUGCAAUUAGAAUGUCUGGGGGCAGCCUACAGCCAUAAUCUCACUUUCCAACUUGGCCAGGGGUUAGAAAAGUCUAGUUCAUCUUUGACCUUGACCACAGGACUAAUUAAUAAGGUCACAAGGUCACCUCAGUGUGUGGCAGAUGUCGAGGCUCUCACACAAAAAUGGAAGCUAGACAGCAUAGACCAGUGGCCAUAUUGUUUUACAGACAACUCAAAGGGUCAUUCAGGGAUUGUUCACGGUCCUCCAGAUACCCCCUCCCCAGGUUCAAAGGGAACUGACCCUGAGGAUUUAGACAUGGUUGUGUCCCAGCCAAGUCUAGAUGUCCAUCUGAGCCUCUCUGAGUACUGGCCGGGAUUCAGUACUGUGCUGGUGGAUGUGUCGCCAUGGUGCCUGAUGACAAAUCAAACAGACCUUGACCUCAUGAUUUUAGAGCAAAAUGGCACACCAUGGCAGCUCCCCUCCAAAAAAACAUUCACGCCUCCCAAGUUCAAGUCUGAGUUUACGAUUGGUCUGAUGUUUGAGGGGUCCCCAUUUUACACAAACCCCAUCCCUCUCUCUGAGGAGGAAGUAGAACUUCAGUUAUACAGACCAGACAAAGGGAAGAUACUCUUCAUCGAUGGAUAUCUACAAAACAGAAUACUCAUCAAACACCCUCAGGAAAACAAGAUUUGUUUCCUGACGCUGCAGUCGUCUGUAAAGAACAACAUGAGGAUUAUUGUGAUCACCGAGACCUUUAACCUCAGUAACUUGACCACUGACCCCAUCAACUUAUCACUCAAUGUCAUUCCACUCGCCAAAAAUAAGAGCAAUUUGAGACCCACUGUUUCAACAAGCAUUCCAAGUCACUUGAAAACCAAAAGAGACCAGACUGAUUUCUCUCCCUUAUUAACAUGGAACAUGGCAAACACUAUAGAAUCCAAAGAGGAGGCCUUCUCCUACUAUAUCUCUCUUAGUACCAACCAAUGGGAUGAGAACUCUGAUCAUCCUGAGCCACACAGAGUCGCUGAUUUUGACUGGUCCCAUCCAGUGAGACUGACCUCCACAGAGAAGGGGACCAAACUGACCGUGGCCGUCCCGACCCCUGACUGUGACCUCCACACCCGGCCGCUGUGUAUCACCGGCUUCUUCAGACAGGGACUCCAUUACUACGUGGUCAGAGAGCACGAGUCUCCCUCCUGUCUGAUUCACAAUAACACACAGUUCCCCCUGUGUUACGGUCACCAAAACCCAGCCCUACUCACUGCAGGAAUCAUGGUUCAGGAAGAAACGGAGCUGAUGAGUUCCUUGCCUACAAUACCUCCACACAGAAACGUGUUCUACACCCCACUACUGAUGAACCAGAAGUUUUCAGAGAACGUUGGAGAUCUCAAGUAUCCCAAACUACACUUUGGAAUCCAGACAAAGGACCAGUCAAAAGGAGAGAACCAGUCAGAGGGAGAGACAGUUGUGUGGAGUAGUCCAGUAGAUGUCAAUUCAGACAUGGAGUCCUUCGUCUCCUUUCCUCAGUGUGUGGAUAUCAAUGUCAAGGUUAAAGCUGUUGCCAUGGUUACACAUAUUACUGUGGAGGCUAUAAGCAAAGCGGAAGUAUCAGCUAAAGAAAUCAGGGGUCGUAUCAAAGGUGACAAUAAGAAGGAAGUCCCCUCAGAUAGUCCUGCAGCUGAUCCUGAGGAUGAGUCCAUUAUUCAGGCUCUUGAAACAGCUGUCAUGUCAUCAACACCUCUAAAAAGAAAAGCAAAAAGAAAACAAUUAGAAAAGAAAACGGACCUGAUAAUUGGACUCCAUUGUCACCAUGUGUGUGUAGUUCUACAGGAUGAGACAAGCUCCACUGAGGAAAUGUCAGAGAUUCUCCAGGUGUCUGUGGACCAUUUGUUUCUGACCCACAUUCCUUCAUCAGUGUCAAGGACAAAGAAACCUUCCAGUGAACUUGAUCAACACCAGUGUGUAUCUCUGUGUUUGGGAAGCUUGCAGGUUGAUAACCAACUGUAUUUCUCCAAAGGCCUGUUUGACUUCCCUGUAGUGUUCAUGGGACAGACCGCUGUGGAGUUUCCUGAGCUGAGUGGUAUGAACAUCAGUGAGAAGUUAGCGGUGCUGAAGUCAGUCAGUCUGUGUCAUGUUCAGGCGGUGGUAGAGCAUGACUGUCUGGGACACAGCCUGAUCAAGUCUGUGGAAGUGAGCGUCUCCCCCGUCAUCGCCAACAUUGACGACAAGUUUGUGUACAGGAUUCUGAGGGAGUUUGAGAUUCUGAUCCCCACCAGCCUCUCCUAUCCCUUACCUUACAGACAGAGCAUCAAGACACUGCCCAGGUCCUUCAAGUCCACCUCACUGGUGAUGAGUGUUCCUGUCAAGAUAGAGCACCUGUCCAUUAAGUCAAUCUCUCUCCUCCUCAGUGUUCACGCCUCACUGAAGCUGUUCAUUGCCUCGGACAGAACGCCUCUGGCAUUCGGAAAGUUUGAGAAAUCUAAGGUGGUGACCACAUCGUAUCAUCUCAUCAGAACCCUGGCCAUGCACUAUGCCUCAGGGGCCCUCUUCAGAGCAGGCAUUGUGGUGGGGUCUCUAGAGAUCCUAGGUAAUCCUACAGGACUGAUCCGUAGUAUCGGAACAGGAGUUGCUGACCUGGUCAAGAAACCGUAUGCUGGUCUAACCCAGGGCCCCGGGGCCUUUGUCACAGGGGUCUCCAGUGGAAUGUCCUCCUUUGUCAGGAAUAUAUCAGCAGGUAUGCUGACCUCGGUGACAAACUUUGCCUCCAGUGUUUCCCGGAACAUGGACCGUCUGUCGUUUGACGAGACACACAUGGAACGACAGGAAGAGAGGCGACGACAUCAGCCAGACGGAAUAUCCAGCGGACUGCGACAGGGACUGACCGGAUUUGGGCUCAGUCUGCUAGGAGCAGUAGCUGGUCUGGCUGACCAACCCAUACAGAAUGUUAUCCAAUCAGAGAACAGCAGCGAGCGGGAGGCCAGGAACUCUCCCGCCUCAGGGAUUGUCCGGGGCAUGGGCAAGGGAAUUCUGGGAGUCUUCACCAAGCCUCUAGGGGGUGCUGCAGAGCUGGUGUCACAAACAGGACAAGGACUGCUGCAUGGUACUGGGUUAGCUGAUGACGUUCCUCUUCCAAGAUAUGAUGCUGAUGUGAUUGUAACUUCUCUAGCAAAUAACAGCGAAUCAAAAUAUAUCAUCAAAUUCCUGACCUCCCUACCCAACGCCACGCUUUGGUCAAUGGUGGAGGCAGACUUCCUGGACAUCACCGACUCAGAGGUCAAAGUUCAUCUCCUGUUGACCAGUGACCUGCUGAUUGUGAUUAAUAUAGAGGACGAUUCUCAACAACAAGCGUUCUCUCUGCGGGAGAUUGAGAUCUGUAACAAGGUGACCAGUCAGCAAAUCCUGACCAUUCUCUGGAAGGACUCCAUGCAGGCUCAAACACCUGACCAGCCUGGUGGAGGGAGCAAGGAUCGAGUUGAAGCCUUCAUUGAUGGGACCAGUGGCUAUGUUCAGGUUUCGCCCCCAGACACACCUCCGAUGGACGACAGCCAAUCAGAUUCCUCCAUAUCCCCAAUCAGCAGGAGGGCGGAGUCUCCCAAAUACAACUUUGUGAUACAUCCAGAAAUCAAAAGUGCUUUUGUAGCUCAGUUCAAUUUGUUAAAGAAAAGGAUAAUGCAAAGAGGUUUUAAUGUCAUAUAAACGAUCAGCAUUGUAAAUUGUUACCUGCUGAUAUUAUCAAUCAGUAAUGUGUGUAGUAAUAGUAAGCUUACAUGUAAGUAUCAUUCUCGGUAAAUAGAACUGACAUGCAUGGUGCUUUUAAACCCUGCAUUCAAUGCAUGGAUUUUGAGUUAUGGGCCAUGAUCACUCUGUUUUCAAUGAGCUAUAUUAUUGCUUCCUUUUACACAUUUAUAAUGAAUCCAUCUAAAAGUAUUACUUUCAAAUGCAUUUAAAAACCUGAAGCUCAGUUUGUUUUCAAUUUAAUGUUUAAAGUAUGGUACAUUUUACAGACAAUUGAAUAGAUAGUGAGUUUUUAAUGCUGCUUGGUCCUACAAUUUGGCUUUUAUAUCACCAAUUUUUUUUUUUUUUUACAGAUCAAUUUAUAUUUGAAAAGUUAUAUCCUAUUUCCAAGAUUUUAAUAUAUGAAUUAGAUGAAGAUAAUUCCAGUAUGAAAACUAAAAAUACGGGCAUUGCAAUGGAAAUGUUCACAGAAUCUGCAUGUACAUUUUGUACCUAUAUUUACAGCAAUCUUGCCUUGGAUUAAAAAAAAACUACUUCAAAGUACUGUACAUGUUUUAACAGCUUCAAGCUCCUUUAGAAAACAGCUUUAACCUGUCCAGGUUUUGCUGAGAGCUGAGAUGUUGGUUAGUUUUAAUUCUUUUUUUUUACUUUGCUACAUUUGAGGGGAUUUUGUACAAUUAUAAGACUGUACUGACAGUUAAAGAUUGAUAAAGAGACUAUUUUUAUGUGCAAUAGUGGGUGAUAAUAUAAUGGUACUCAAAGUACUUAUUUGUUAUUGAUUCAUUAAAUUAUUUAUUAUU